AUGGCGACCGAGGGUCAGAUCGAGUACGAGUCGGUCCUCUGUGUCAAACCUGAAGUCAACGUUUACCGUAUCCCACCGAGAGCAUCCAACCGGGCGAUCAGGGCUGCCGAUUGGAAGCUGGAUGCUCCUGACUGGACGGGACGCAUGCGUGUGACGGCCCGGGGCAAAGUGGCCUACGUGAAAUUGGAAGACAAAAUCUCUGGGGAGCUCUUUGCCCAGGCACCAGUGGAGGAGUACCCCGGCAUCACAGUGGAAACAGUGAGCGACUCAAGCCGAUACUUUGUGCUCCGCAUCCAGGAUGACAACGGCCGCAGUGCAUUCAUAGGUAUUGGGUUUGGAGACCGAGGCGAUGCAUUUGACUUCAAUGUUGCACUGCAGGACCACUUCAAGUGGGUGAAACAGGAAGAUGAAUUAAGCAAGCAGGCGCAGGCACCAGACACCACUCCUAAACUGGACCUGGGCUUCAAAGAAGGACAGACCAUCACUCUCAAUAUUGGGCAAUCAAAAAAGAAAGACAGGGCUCGUCCACAGAGUUCAGGUGGCUUUGGGCUCCUUCCACCGCCUCCUGGAGGCAAGCUUGCCCCGCCUCCUUCAUCCAGAUCUAACAAUCAUAACACACAGCCAUCUGCAGGAGGAAGUGACACUGGUUGUUUGCUCGACCUGGACUCCAGCAACUCAAACUCAGUGGCUCCAUCCAACCCCACCACCACAGCCAGCUCCGACCUGUGGGGAGAUUUUGACUCUGUAUCCCCAAAGUGA